CACGUGCCCGGCGCCGGCCGGCCAAGAUGGCGGCGACCUGUGUGGCGCUGCUGGCUUUGGUGCUGCUGCUGCCGGUGCUGCUGCUGGGCGCGUGGAAGCGAGGGUGGCAGGCGGGCUCAGCCUCUCACGUGGUCGUCGUGGUGCUGGGCGACGUGGGCCGAAGCCCCCGCAUGCAGUACCACGCGCUGUCAUUGGCUCAGAGCGGCUUCUCGGUGACGCUGCUGGGGUUCUACAACUCUAAACCUCGAGAUGAGCUCUUGCAGAAUGAUAGCAUUCAGAUUGUGAAGUUGUCAGAGCUGCCGAGUCUGGGAGCUGGACCCCGAGUUCUCCAGUAUGGAGUCAAAGUUGUAUUUCAGGCAGUGUACUUGCUAUGGAAGUUGGUGUGCACAGAGCCUGCAGCCUACAUCUUCCUCCAGAACCCACCAGGCCUGCCUGCCAUUGCUGUAUGCUGGUUUGUGGGCUGCAUUUGUGGGAGCAAACUGGUCAUCGACUGGCACAACUAUGGCUAUUCCAUCAUGGCCCUGGUACACGGCCCCCGGCAUCCCAUUGUGCUGCUGGCCAAAUGGUACGAGAAGUUCUUCGGGCGCCUGUCCCACCUGAACCUGUGUGUGACCAGUGCCAUGCGGGAGGACCUGGCGGAGAACUGGCAUAUCAGGGCUGUGACUGUCUACGACAAGCCAGCAUCUUUCUUUAAGGAGACGCCCCUGGACUUGCAGCAUGAGCUCUUCAUGAAGCUGAGCCGCACGUACUCCUCUUUCCAGAGCUGCUCAGAGCCCCUGGACCCGGGCAUGGAGAGGUCGGCCUUCACCGAGAGGGACUGUCAGAGCGGGAUGGUGAGGAGUCUGCAUGGGCGACCAGCACUGCUUGUGAGCAGCACUAGCUGGACAGAGGACGAAGACUUCUCCAUCCUGCUGGGAGCAUUAGAAAAGUUUGAACAACUAACACUCAGUGGAGACGGCCUUCCUUCCCUAGUCUGUGUGAUAACAGGGAAGGGGCCUCUCAGGGAGCACUACCGCCAGCUCAUCAGCCAGAAGCGCUUCCGGCAUGUCCAGUUCUGCACCCCAUGGCUGGAGGCCGAGGACUACCCGCUGCUUCUAGGGUCAGCGGACCUGGGAGUCUGUCUACACAUGUCCUCCAGUGGUCUGGACUUGCCCAUGAAGGUGGUGGACAUGUUUGGGUGCUGCUUGCCUGUGUGUGCUGUGAACUUCAAGUGUCUGCAUGAGCUUGUAAGACAUGGAGAGAAUGGCCUGGUCUUCAAGGACGCGGAGGAGCUGGCCGCACAGCUGCAGAUGCUUUUCUCCAAGUUUCCUGACCCUGCUGGAAAGCUACACCAGUUUCGGAAGGAGCUCCGGGAGUCGGAGCAACUGCGGUGGGAUGAGAGCUGGCAGCGGACUGUGCUCCCUCUAGUCACUCACAAAUGACCUUCAGGCUGGAGGCGAGAGACCUAUCCUUGGUGUGGAGCCCUUCCCAGACAGCACCUGCUCCACUUUGUCCCUGGUGGGCUUUUGAGUGCCACCUAGUGGUCAGAAGCCUAAGGACCGCAGUGGACGACAUCUGGGAAAUGAAUGGUCUGGCAGCUGCUUCAGUGUCUCUGAGAGGCACUUCUCUUUGGUGACCCUGUUUUUUUUUUUUUUUUUUUUUUUGUCUCCUGACUUUCACAUUCCUUGUGUUCUAAUUCUGCUGGGCUGCCAUGAGCUCUGGGACAUCGUGUGCUCACUGGGCUUAGCUGAGCAAGCCCUGAGCUGCCUGGCAGGACAGUCAUACUUGAUAAAUUCAUGUUUUUAUUAGUACAAUGGAAA